AAGCUGGCCGAGCAGCCACCGCUGGUCCAAGCAAUUUUCAACGGAGAUCCAGAUGAGAUCCGUUUGUUAAUCUACAAAACAGAAGAUGUUAACGCUCUGGAUACUGAGAAGCGGACUCCUCUUCAUGUGGCGGCUUUCCUGGGGGAUGCAGAGAUUAUUGAGCUUCUCAUCUUGUCAGGAGCCCGUGUCAACGCCAAGGACAACAUGUGGCUGACCCCUCUUCACCGAGCAGUUGCUUCAAGGAGCGAAGAAGCCGUGCAAAUAUUGAUCAAGCAUUCAGCUGAUGUCAACGCCCGGGACAAGAACUGGCAGACGCCCCUGCACGUCGCAGCUGCGAAUAAAGCCGUCAAGUGUGCCGAAGUGAUCAUCCCACUUCUGAGCAGUGUCAACGUCUCCGACAGAGGGGGCCGGACAGCGCUGCACCACGCAGCCCUGAAUGGCCACGUUGAAAUGGUGAAUUUGCUUUUGGCCAAAGGGGCCAACAUUAAUGCCUUUGACAAAAAGGAUCGAAGAGCUUUGCAUUGGGCGGCUUACAUGGGUCACUUGGAAGUCGUUGCGUUGUUGAUCAGUCAUGGCGCGGAGGUGACCUCGAAGGAUAAGAAGGGCUACACGCCACUCCAUGCGGCUGCGUCCAAUGGUCAGAUCAGCGUAGUGAAACACCUCCUCAAUCUCGGGGUGGAGAUUGAUGAAAUGAACAUCUACGGAAAUACCGCACUUCACAUCGCUUGCUACAAUGGGCAGGAUUCUGUGGCCAACGAGCUGAUCGACUACGGGGCUAAUGUCAACCAGCCCAACAACUGCGGCUUCACUCCUUUGCAUUUUGCGGCAGCUUCCACGCAUGGAGCUCUUUGUCUGGAGCUGCUGGUGAAUAAUGGGGCAGACGUUAAUAUUCAGAGUACAGAUGGGAAGAGUCCGUUGCAUAUGACGGCAGUGCAUGGGAGAUUCACGCGGUCACAAACCCUCAUUCAGAAUGGAGGUGAAAUAGACUCGGUCGAUAAAGAUGGCAACACUCCUCUCCACGUGGCUGCAAGAUACGGGCACGAGCUUUUGAUUAACACCCUGAUAACCAGCGGAGCUGAAAGUUCCACGUGCGGCAUCCACAACAUGUUCCCCUUACACCUAGCAGCACUUAAUGCUCAUGCUGACUGCUGCCGGAAGUUGCUAUCAUCAGGACAAAAGUAUAGCGUAGUGUCCUUGUUUAGUAAUGAGCACGUGCUGUCUGCAGGCUUUGAAAUAGACACCCCAGAUAAAUUUGGAAGGACAUGCCUCCACGCCGCUGCAGCCGGAGGUAACGUUGAUUGUGUGAAACUCUUGCAGAGCAGUGGAGCUGAUUCCAAUAAAAAAGACAAAUAUGGAAGGACACCUUUGCACUACGCAGCUGCGAACUGUCAUUUCCAAUGUAUGGAGAUGCUGGUUACCACGGGGGCCAAUAUUAAUGAAACAGAUGACUGGGGACGAACAGCGUUACACUACGCCGCUGCUUCGGACAUGGACAGAAAAAGAAAGAAUGUGUUGGGUAACUCCCAUGAAAACGCUGAAGAACUUGAAAGAGCCAGUGAAAUGAAGGAAAAAGAAGCUGCCUUGUGUCUAGAAUUCCUUCUACAACAUGAGGCCAACCCAUCAAUCCAGGACAAAGACGGGUACAAUACAGUCCACUACGCGGCUGCUUACGGACACAGGCAGUGUUUAGAAUUGCUUCUGGAGAGAACCAGCAACAUUUUGGAGGAAUCAGACUCAACAGCUACAAAAAGCCCUUUGCACUUAGCUGCCUAUAACGGUCAUCAUCAGGCGUUGGAGGUGCUUCUCCAGUCUCUGGGAGAUCUGGAUAUUAAGGAUGAAAAGGGCCGCACUGCUCUGGAUCUGGCCGCUUUUAAAGGACAUGCAGAAUGUGUGGAAGCUCUCGUGAACCAGGGUGCGUCCAUCUUAGUGAAAGAUAACGUCACCCAUCGAACCCCUCUUCAUGCCUCAGUCAUCAACGGCCACACUCCAUGUUUACGGCUUUUAUUAGAAGUUACGGAUAACCCCGAUGUGACAGAUGCCAAAGGACAGACCCCGCUGAUGCUGGCCGUGGUUUAUGGGCACAUAGAUGCUGUUUCCUUGUUACUUGAAAAAGAAGCAUCCGUGGACAUAGCUGAUAUCCUGGGCUGCACUGCUUUGCAUCGAGGGAUUAUGACGGGGCACGAGGAAUGUGUCCAAAUGCUAUUGGAACAAGAUGCACUGAUUUUGUGUAAAGAUGCCAGAGGCAGGACACCCUUGCAUUACGCAGCAGCACGUGGUCAUGCCACGUGGCUCAGCGAAUUAGUCCAGCUGGCGCUUUCAGAAGAGGACUAUAAUUUUAAAGAUAAUCAGAAUUACACCCCGCUGCACUGGGCUUCUUAUAAUGGCAAUGAAAGCUGCAUAGAGGUAAUGCUGGAACAGAAACCUUUCCGGGACUUCAGCGGGAACGCUUUCUCUCCUUUGCACUGUGCUGUAAUCAAUGAUCAUGAAAGUUGUGCGUCGCUGCUCAUUGGGACCAUAGGUGCCGGCAUUGUCGAUUGCAAAGAUGACAAAGGAAGAACACCCCUUCAUGCAGCAGCCUUUUCCGAUCAUGUGGAAUGCUUGCAGCUUCUUUUAAGCCACAACGCACACGUAAAUGUUGCAGAUAAUUCAGGGAAAACACCACUUAUGAUGGCAGCUGAAAACGGGCACGUAGGUGCAGUAGAUUUUUUGGUGAACACCGCCAAGGCUGAUCUAACUUUGAAGGAUAAGGACUUGAAUACAUCCUUGCACUUGGCUAGCAGUAAAGGUCAUGAAAAAUGUGCCUUGUUGAUACUUGACAAGAUACAAGAACAGAGCCUUAUUAAUGCGAAAAACAAUGCGUUACAGACGCCUCUACAUAUUGCUGCACAGAAUGGCUUGAAGAUGGUGGUUGAGGAGUUAUUGGCAAAAGGGGCGUGCGUACGAGCCGUAGACGGAAAUGGUCAUACGCCAGCCCUGGCUUGCGCUCCUAACAAAGACGUGGCUGACUGCCUGGCGCUCAUUUUGGCUACCAUGAUGCCUUUUUCUCCUUCCAGCACAAUGACGGCCCUCCACCUCGCUUGUUUUAAAAAAGACAAUUUGAGCAGGACUCAACUCUGCAGUAGCUCCAAUGCGAGCAGCGCCGUUAACUCCUACAGUAAACCGUUAAGAAACGAUGUAGGGGCGGAAAAUGGAUACAAUGAAAACGAUUCUGAUUCUGAAACAUUUUGACUUU